AUGGCCACCAGAACUAUUCACCUCAUCUCUUUUCGCAAUAGUUCAUCUCAACGAGCUCACUUUGCAAUUUUUGUUCCAUCGGCAGCAGACCCUAAACGAGGGACUCUGAUCCACGCCGUCGGUACACCCAUGGCGGGCUACAUCCUCGAGUUCAAACGGAACUACUCUCCUGCUAUGACCCAACAGGGCCAUGAGACUUUUCCGAUUGGCCAAGUUUAUUCGUCCAAUAUCGUUGACUCCGUGGACACAGCGAUGACCAAAGACUCAACUCCCAGAGGCAACAUUGAGAUUGCUGCGUCUCAGGUCCCGACUCCUGGGAUCAGUCAGAACUUCAUGGCACCUGUCAAUGAUACCACCAAUAAGCGAUGUCAGGAAUGGACCAUGGAGUUCGUCCGUCAUUUAGUCUCCAAAGGUCUCAUUACAGCGGAAGCAAUUCAGAUUGUUCAAUCUAAACGUGAUCCCCCAAACCAUGGAAUCGGUUUUCAGCCCGCCGGAAGACGUUCAAUUCAUCCUGAGUUGGCUUAA